GAGCCGCGCGUACCCAGUGCACAUGCGCCGCGACCUUCGCCGCACACGUGUUCCCGACAGCAUGGCGGAGAUGGAGAGUCCGGAGGUAUCUGCGCCCGUGUCUCCGGGAGAGGCGACUCAGAGCGGCGCCCUGCCUGCCGACCGUCAUGCUCUGCUACAGCACAGCCGCGAGUUCUUGGACUUCUUCUGGGACAUUGCGAAGCCGCAGCAGGAGACGCGGCUUGAGGCCACAGAGAAGCUGCUGGAGUAUCUGCGCACAAGGCCGCAGGGGUCUGAGAUGAAGUACGCCUUGAAGCGCCUGAUCACUGGGCUUGGAGUCGGGCGAGAAACAGCCCGGCCCUGCUACAGCCUGGCCCUGGCACAGCUGUUACAGUCCUUUGAAGACAUCCCCUUGUGCAGCGUUCUGCAGCAAAUACAAGAAAAAUAUGACCUACAUCAUGUGAAAAAGGCAACGGUGAGACCUGCUCUCUUUGGAAACCUAUUUGGGGUACUAGCCCUCUUUCAGUCUGGCCGGCUGGUGAAGGACCAGGAGGCACUGAUGAAGUCGGUGAAGUUGCUACAAGCCCUGGCCCAGCACUACAACCACUUACAAGAGCAGCCACAGAAGGCCCUGGUGGACAUCCUGUCUGAGGUCCCAGAGGCUAUGUUACAGGAAAUCCUGCCCAAGGUCCUCAAGGCUGACUUGAAUGCGAUACUCAACUCCCCUGAGCGCCUGGAGCUCUUCCUCUUGGCUCAGCAGAAGGUGCCCACAAAGCUCAAGAGCAUGAUGGGAUCAGUCAACUUAUUCUCGGAUGAGAAUGUGCCCAGGCUGGUGAAUGUGCUAAAGAUGGCUUCCUCCUCUGUGAAGAAGGAGCGCAAGCUGCCGCCUGUGGCUCGGGACCUGCUCCACCUGGCACUUAAAGAGGAUAAGUUCCCAUGGUUCUGGAAGGAAGUUGUAGAGCAAGGGGUGUUGAAGAAACAGUCCUGGCCAGCUAGCUACCUCUGUUUCCGCCUGCUGGGUGAGGCCUUGCCCCUGCUGUCCAAGGAGCAGCUGCAGAUGGUUAUGCGGGGAGACUUGAUCCGCCAUUUUGGGGAGCACAUGGUCACUGCCAAGCUCCCGAACCAGUUCAGAUUUGCCCCGGAGAUGGACAAUUACGUGGGCACCUUCCUGGAGGGCUGCCAGGAUGACCCUGAGCGGCAGCUGACUGUGCUGGUGGCCUUCUCAUCCAUCACCAACCAAGGUCUCCCUGUCGUGCCUUCCUUCUGGUGGGUCGUGCGGUUCCUGAGUCCCCCUGCCCUGCAGGGCUAUGUGGCCUGGCUGCAGGACAUGUUUCUCCAGCCCAACCUGGACUCUUUGGUUGACUUCAGCACCAACAACCAGAAGAAAGCCCAAGAUGCAUCACUCCAUGUGCCUGAGCGAGCUGUUGCCCGACUGCGAAAGUGGCUCAUCCAUCGACUGGUCAGCAUCGUGGACAAUGUGCACCUGGAGAAGGAGGAGGCCUUGGUUGAGCAGGUGGCCAGGUUUUGUUUGUUCCAUUCAUUCUUUGUAACAAAGAAGCCCAUGUCCCAGAUCCCGGAGACUAAGCAGCAGUUCUCCUUCCCUUUGGAGAGCCAGUCCCGGGAGGUUGUCAGCAAUGCCUUCUUCAGUCUGCUGCAGACCCUCACCACACAGUUCAAGCAGGCUCCAGACCAGACGCAGGGUGGGCAGUCCUGGACCUAUCGCCUGGUGCAGUUGGCGGACAAACUGCUGAACCACAGCCGCAGUGUGAACACCGUGAUGCCCUUCACGACGCAGCAGCGCCAGGCUUGGGACCAAAUGCUGCAGACUCUGAAGGAGCUGGAGGCCCACUCCACAGAGGCCAGAGCUGCCGCUUUUCAGCACCUGCUGCUCCUGGUGGGCAUCCACCUCUUCAAGUCCCCUGCAGAGAGCUGUGACCUGCUCAGCGACAUCCAGACCUGCAUCAAGAAGAGCCUGGGGGAGAAGACCCGCCGGAGCCGCACCAAGGCCACCAACUCCCAGGAGCUGCCAUGGGUGGAGGUGCUGGUGGAGAUCCUUCUGGCCCUGCUGGCCCAGCCUAGCCAUUUGAUGCGCCAGGUGGCCCGGAGCGUGUUUGGCCACAUUUGCUCCCACCUGACUCCACGUGCCCUGCAGCUAAUCCUGGAUGUGCUGAAUCCUGAGAUGAGCCAGGAUGAGGACGAACACGUGGUGGUCACUGACGAUUCUGACGAGAAGCAGCUAGAGGACACAGAGGACAAGAGCGAGGACAGUGAGGACAACAGACAUUCAGAAAGCGAGGAGGAGAGUGAGGAGGAAGAGGAGAGUGAGGAGGAAGAUCGUGAAGGGGACGUGGACCAGGGCUUCCGGGAGCAGCUGAUGGCCGUGCUGCAGGCUGGCAAGGCACUGGGUGGCGCAGACAGUGAGGAUGAUGAUGAGGAGCUAGGGGAUGAGGCCAUGAUGGCCCUGGACCAGAGCCUUGCCAGCCUCUUUGCCGAGCAAAAGCUCCGCAUCCAGGCCCGGCGGGAUGAGAAGAACAAGCUGCAGAAGGAGAAGGCGCUGAGGCGGGACUUCCAGAUCCGGGUGCUGGACCUGAUCGAGGUGCUGGUAACCAAGCAGCCCGAGAACUCCCUGGUCCUAGAGCUGCUCCAGCCACUGCUGAGCAUCAUCCGGCGUGGCAUGCGCAGUGGUGGCAGCUCCCAGCAGGAGCGUGACCUGCUGCACAAGACAGCCCGCAUCUUCACGCACCACCUGUGCCGUGCCCGGCGCUACUGCCGCGACCUUGGUGACCGUGUAGAGACUCUGCAUACCCAAGUAGAGCAGUUGGUGCAGCAGGCCAGCCGCCAGGCCGACUCCUCUGUUGCCCUCUACCACUUCAACGCCUCUCUCUACCUGCUCCGGGUCUUGAAGGGCAAUGCUGCUGAGAGCUGCACUCCGAAAACCCAGCAGCAGCCUGGAGCCAGCACUAAUAUCAGCCUGACACCCAAGGACCCACAGACCACCAACUGCCUGGACUUGAACCUUGUGACCCCGGUCUACUCUACAGCGCUGAGCUCCUUCCUGACCAAGCGCAAUAGCCCAUUCACGGUCCCCAUGUUCCUCAGCCUCUUCUCCCGGCAACCAGUGCUCUCUAAGAACCUGCUGCCCAUCCUAGUCCAGCACAUAGCAGGCCCAACACGCCCUCGCCAUCAGGCCCAGGCCUGCCUGCUGCUCCAGAAGACCCUGUCCAUGCGGGAGCUGAGGUUAUGCUUUGAGGACCCUGAGUGGAAGCAGCUAAUCGGCCAGGUCCUGGCAAAGGUCACUGAGAACCUGCAGGCACUGGGGGAGACACAGACCAAGGCGGAGCACCAGAAGGAGCUAUGUUCCCUGGAGCUGCUCAACGCUCUCUUCAGGACCAUCCACCACGAGAAGCUGACCUUAGACCUGACCACGCUCCUGGGUGUGCUGCAGGGCCAACAACAGAGCCUGCAGCAAAGCCUGCGGCAGGGGGAGCACUCCACCGGGUCCAGCCGCCUCCACGAUCUUUACUGGCAGGCCAUGAAAGCCCUGGGAAUCCAGCGUCCCAAAGUGGAAAAGGAAACCAAGGAAGUCCCCAGUACCAUCCAAGACCCUGUGAGCAUGAAGCGGAAGAAAAAGGGGUUCUUGCCAGAGACCAAGAAGCGUAAGAAACGUAAGCCAGAGGAUGUCACACAAGAGGAUGCCAAGCCUGCAGCUACUGGCGGGGGGCAGUCUUCCAGCACAGGGAAGAAGAAAAGGAAGAGAAAGAGGACAAAGGACAAAGUCCCAGUCCAGUCCCAGGUGAAUGGCACACCUGCUAUCAAGAGUCCAGCCUCUGACACCUCCAUCCUGAGCCCCAGCACCCCUGCCAAGACCUCAGAGUUGCAGAAGAAACACCAGAAGCCAUCCCAGGUGAAUGGAGCUACUCCCACGUCCCCUACGGAACCUGCAGUCAAAAAGCAGCAUCAGAAGGCUCUUCCCAAAAAGGGGAUGUCAGGCAAGUCACCGCAGUCACCCCUGCCACGGAAAAAGGCAAGGCUGACUUUGGCCAGCAGGGGCCCCAGCCUCUUCCAAAGUGGGGCCAAGAAGAAGAAAGUGCAACUGAAAAAGGUGACAAGGCCCUGAACACAGGCCACCCUGCUCCUGCCUCCAUCAGCCCUUAGACAGAUUUUUCACCAUGAUUUUAAUUAAUAAGCCACAAUCUAAGGCACUCACUCUGGCACUGGGUUGUGGUCUGUUGCCAGCCUGCCAGAGCAUCCUGGCAGCAGGCACAGCCUGAGCCACUUCCCCAGAGUCCCAAGGUACAUAGACUGGGCCCUGCUUCUGCCCCUGGGGCAGUGCAGGCCCACAGCUCUGGUGUCUAGGUGGGCUAGUGUGAGUCGGCACACUGGCCAGGUCACAAACAUGACCACUCCGGUCCCUACCCCUAAGCUGUUUGCAACCAGGGCAUGAUUUAAAUAGGUUUAUUUCAUUUACAAGAGGAAUAUAUUUGGCUUCUCUUAAGACUCUUGAGAUUCACAAUCAGCAGCUCUAAAAAAUAAAGGAGCGGUUUGGCUUCCGGAAGGAAGAGGAGGCAA